CAAGAGGGAGAAUGAUGGUCUGUGUCGGUUUCAUCUUUUAGAGAGAGAGAGAGAGAGAGAGAGAGAGAGAGAGAGAGAGGAGCUUUGAAUUGGGGGUUUAAUGAACAAAUUUAUGUUGCAGAGUGGCGUUAAACGUCAGUAAUCAAUACCAAAAUGGGUAACCACCACGGCCGUCACUCCUCCGGACACCGCAAGCACCGUACAAAUGGCGGGAGUGGCUCAGUUCCCGAUGAAACCGCAGGUCCAUCCUAUAAAUAUGGACCGUCAGAUCCCAUAACUAGCUCAGCUACCAAGUCUUCUAACAUGGGGUUAUCUUUGCCAUACUCUCACGUCGAUUCCUCUUUAAGGGCUCUCGCCAGCCAAGCCGAGGGCUUUGGCCGCUUCGCCGUCGGAGGACUUCACGGUGCCCUCCAUCACGUCACCACUCUUGCAGAUGAUGGGCCAGGAUCACUUCGUGAAGCAUGUCGCAGAAAAGAACCUCUGUGGAUUGUCUUUGAAAUCUCGGGCACCAUUGAGCUCUCUUCUUAUUUGAAUGUGUCAUCCUACAAAACCAUUGAUGGGCGGGGCCAAAGGAUCAAACUCACAGGAAAAGGUUUGAGGCUGAAGGAGUGUGAACAUGUUAUUAUAUGCAAUCUAGAGUUUGAAGGAGGUAGAGGACCUGAUGUCGAUGGCAUUCAAAUUAAACCUAAAUCAAAGCAUAUAUGGAUAGAUCGUUGUAGUCUUCGUGAUUAUGAUGACGGACUGAUUGAUAUAACUCGAGAGAGCACAGAUAUUACUAUUUCCAGAUGCCAUUUUUCACAGCAUGACAAGACUAUUCUUAUUGGAGCAGACCCUUCUCACACUGAUGAUAGAUGUAUUCGGGUAACUAUUCACCAUUGUUUUUUUGAUGGGACCCGACAACGGCAUCCACGUGUAAGGUUUGGUAAAGUACAUUUAUAUAACAACUACACCAGAAACUGGGGGAUUUAUGCCGUUUGUGCCAGUGUUGAAUCUCAGAUAUAUUCACAAUGCAAUAUAUAUGAAGCAGGGCAGAAGAAGGUGGCUUUCAAAUAUCUGACAGAGAAGGCAGCUGAUAGAGAAGAGGCAUGUACUGGCUGCAUUAAAUCCGAAGGAGACUUAUUCAUUACUGGAACGCAACCGGGUUUAUUGACCACCACUACUGGAAGUAGUACAUUUCAUCCCAGUGAAUACUACCCUACCUGGACAGUGGAAGCUCCAAUUGAUGCUCUUAAACAUGUUCUCCAACAUUGUACAGGAUGGCAGUGUGUCCCACGACCAGCUAAUCAAACACUGGUUGUUUAACAGCUUGAAGGAGUUCCAUAUAUUCAUGCACAUCUCUACCGUUCCUACUGUGUUGUGUUUUGUUUUGUCAGUACCCACAGCCCCUGGCAUUACAAUGUUCUGUUUUUGCUUGAGAUCCACCAUUCAGUCUUAUUAUGCCUUUGUUUCAUUGAUCAGCAUAUUCCGUUAAGUUUCCUAAUUUAUGCUCCAUUCGACACUAGAAUAUCUCUUUGCAUGUGGAGUAAGGCUAGUGAUCCUCCCAGGACCGCAAUGACGCCAGUUUCUUGUACUAAUCUAUUCUUCAUUAGUAAUGUUCCAUUGGAUGAUUUUACGUGUGCACUGGAAUGAUUGGAUGCUGGAGGCCCAGACAGUGACAUUCCCAGUCAAGCCAUUGCAGUGUUGUGACCGGUGGCGGAUCUAUGUUGGGCCUCUGCAGGGUCUUCAGAAUUCAAAAUCUUUACCACUGUAUUCCCUUUGAUUUUUAUUUAAGU